AGAGAGUCAAUGUUUUGAUGCAAACGUCAGUAUCAAAUGGUUAAUAAAGCAGUGAACAGUAGUGAUUGACGGUGCAAUGUCUGCAGCGAUGUUAACAGCGGAUUGGUUCUUGUUAGGACGAGAUCUAUAUUUUAGAAAAUUCGAAAUAUACUCGUUGGGAUGGCAACGAGACGUUAAUGUAAAUAAUGUUAUUGCUGUGGCUGCCCCUUACGGGGGCCCAAUUGCAGUUAGAAGGGACAACAAGAAGUUGGUUAAGGUGCAAGGCAGCGGUCAGUUGAUAAUUUCCAUCUACUCCGGCUCAGCCAGACACAUCAAAUCAAUUAAAUGGGAGGGUAAACCUGUUGUGAAGAUAGGAUGGUCCAAUGAUGAGAGACUGAUUUGCGUGCAGGAGAAUGGUAAAGUUACAGUGCAGGAUGUCUUUGGCAGCUUCGAGCAUACCUUCACCAUCAGCCAGAAGCUUAAUUCUAAAGUGGUUGAUGCUGCUAUCUUCACUAAUCCACAGAACUUCACAGGCAUUGCUGUGUUAACAGAAGCCAAUAAGAUUUUCUAUAUUGAGAAUAUUUAUGAUCCCAAAGAGAAGCAACUCAGUGAUUUACCAAGAGUUGGUCGGCAGCCGACAAGUUGGGUGGUCAUUUCUCAAGAUAGAUUAACUGAGGUGCUUAUAGCUAAAGAGAAGGCUUUGUUUAGAUUAACCAGAGAUGAGCAUCAUCCCAGCAGCAUGUUAGUUGCUGAUGUUGCACAUGAGUACACUUCCAUCAUCAAGAUGGCUGUGUCGAUAAACGCAAGGCAUGUGGCUUUCUUCACUGAUGCCGGUUACCUCUGGAUGGGCUCAUCGGAUUUGCGCACUAAAUACUGCGAACUUGAUACGGAGAUGAUCACGAAACCGAAGCAAUUAGUAUGGUGUGGAACGGAAGCGGUGGUUGCUUUUUGGGAGAAAGACUACACCUUGAUGGUGAUGGGAAGACACGGAGAGAAAAUGACUUACUCGUACGAGGCGUGCGUCCAUUUGGUGCCGGAAAUCGAUGGAGUCCGUAUUCUAUCGGCGACGCAACACGAGCUCGUACAAAAGGUUCCCGAUGUUGUCCAGAAGAUAUUCAGAAUCAACAGCACCGAUCCCGGAAGCUUCCUGCUUGAAGCCUCAAAGCAAUUCCAGAGGAGGAGUCAUAGAGCGGAUGAGUACAUUUCAUUGGUUAACAAGAAUUUGGGGCGGGCCGUAGAGCAGUGCAUCGAAGCCGCCGGUUACGAGUUCGACACUGAAGUUCAGAAAAUGCUGAUCAGGGCCGCUCAAUUCGGAAAAUGCUUUGUUUCGAGCAUCGAUUCCGAUGAGUACGUUGAGAUGUGUCGAUUGCUUAGAGUUUUAAACGCGGUUAGGGAUCCGAGAAUAGGCAUUCCCAUGACCAAAACCGAAUAUGAUUGUUUAUCGCGUGGUAAAUUGCUGGAUCGAUUAGUGACAAGAGGACAAUAUUUCUUAGCCAUUCAAAUCGCCAAGUAUUUGAAGAUGCCUGAAAAAGAAGGCAGUAACAGGAUUUUGGUGCAUUGGGCUAAAUAUAAAGUUGGUAAACAUCAGCCGGUGGAUGAUGAGAUGAUAGCUAAGGAGAUUGGAGAUAAAUUAGGUUACACCCCAGGGAUUUCUUACAGUGAGAUUGCGAAAACCGCUUCGGAUAAUGGUCGUACAAAGUUAGCAAUCAAAUUGUUGGAUUACGAGCCUCGGGCUAGUGAACAAGUGAAACUAUUAGUGGAUCUGAAGGAGUACAAACCAGCUUUGGUAAAAGCCAUAGAAAGCGGUGACACGGAUUUGAUCUACGAUGUGAUAUUGAAGUUGCGCGGACACAUGACCAUGGGCGAUUUCAAACUAUUGCUUCAUGAAUAUUCUGUGGCCAUAGCUUUGUACAUCAAGUACUGCAAGGAACACGACCCAGAGGCGUUAACCGAGAUUCUUAUACAGGAAGACGAUUUUGAUUCGCAGGCGCAGCAGCAUUUGAUAGCUAGUUUAGAUGAAAAGAAAAAUUGGGAUCGCGAAAUGAACGUUUCCAGUGCGCUUAAAGCUUAUAAAGUGAAACGAAACGAUUUGAACGCGUCGAUUUGCGAGGAAACCGUGCGGUUGUUCAAACACCAGAAGACGUUUGAAGAGAAACUGAAGAAACAGUUCGUCGGGAAAUCGGCGCACGACACUUGCAGAGAGCUAUUGUUGAUGGAAGAAUUUAAACUUGCCGAGAAGUUUAAAGGCGAAUAUAAAAUACCCGAUAAAAGGUAA